UCGAUUGUUGGUUUAUGGAGGAUUUGCUCGGAAUUUUCGCAAUCGAAUUCAAUUUUCUCUUCGCGCUCCGGAUUCAAAUGUGAAAAUAAUGACGCAAUCGUUUUGUCUCCAGAAGAAAAAGGAAAGCAGAGCACCGGUGUCCUUGUGGGCCAGAUGGCGAAUCGGUACGCGGAACAGAAGAAGCGCCUGCGGGACUUGCACGCCAAGCGGAACGAGGCUUGCAAGUUGAACCACCUGGAAGUGGUGGAGGAGGACCGGAGAGCCAAGUUGCCGGCCAACCACGAGGCCCGGAAGCGGCGCGCUGAAUGGGAACUGGACGACAUUCGGAAGCGAGAAGAGGCUGAGGCGGCUGGCGAAUCCUACGAACGGGUCAAGUUGCUGGAGACCGGCGCCGAUGAGGCGGCCCGCGAUGCGAAUCUCAGGAAGAAAAAGGGCGUCAAUCGGGACGAGGGCUUCUCCAGCUUUGAACAGGCCACCAUUCGGCAACAUGAUAAGCUGACCAGAGCUAUAAAACCGGACAUGGAGGCAUACAAAUACGAAAAAGAGGUGAUGGGCGAUGCUUUUUACCCGUCAACGUCCACCAUUGUUCACGGGAUUCGCGAAGAUUCGAAGGAAGGUGUCACGCGGAUGGUGCAGGACUUGGAGAAGCAAAUCCGGAAGCGAGGCAAGUUUAGCAGACGCCGGACGUACGACCCGGAUGCGGACAUCGAUUUCAUCAACGAGAGGAACAUGCGGUUCAACAAGAAGAUCGACCGGUUCUACGGAAAGUACACGUUGGAAAUCAAGCAGAAUUUGGAGCGCGGAACUGCCGUGUGACCGAUUAUACCGUGUUUCGGAAACUUUCUCGGGUUCGGACUGGAAAUUUUUGUUUUUUGUUUGUACGUGUCCUGCAUGGAAUGUCAAUACAAGUACAUUUUUACAAAGA